UUAUGAUUGCUGCUGAAGAACUUGCUGAGGAAUAAUAGGAGCAUAAUAAUUAAUUGAUUUAAAAUGGAAAAUCAACAUUCAAACCUUAGUUUCUCUCUAAGUAAUAAAGAGAAGAAUUAAAAUAAAAAUAGGAAGAACAAUAAUAAAAGUAAUAAUAAGAAAAAUAAUAAUAAAUAGCGUAAAUUCGAAAAGAAUAUGUUCAUUUUAGAAGUAAUAUAUGAAUUUAAUAUAUUAGGUGAUGAUUAAAAAUUAAGAUAAAUAUUGGAAAGAAAAAGAUCAAAAAGUAGAAGCAGAUCUAGAAGUAAAGAGAAAAACAAUCGUUACAUAACAUCAAAUACAAGAGCAACAGUUCCAGUAAAGAUGGAUGGAGAAAAUUAGGAAUUAAUGCAUAUUAAAAUGCAAUAUUUAGGAUUAAAUAAAGAGAAGAAAAAAAUCUUAAAGCCAUCUGAAAAAUUUAAAAAUAUAUUUAAUUUUGAAUGGGAUGCAACAGAAGAUACUUCAAUUGAUUUUAAUCCAUUAUAUAUGAAUAGAAUAAAUGCAAGUGGAUUACAUUCAAAAGUAUAAGAAGAUAAAGAUCCUGAUUAAUUGUUAUCCUCUGAUCAUUGGAGCAAGAAAUCUUUAUGUUAGAUGCAACCAAGAGAUUGGAGAAUAUUUAGAGAAGACAUGGAUAUUAUAAUAAAAGGAGGUCGUGUUCCAAAUCCAAUUAGAGAAUGGAAUGAAGUUUAAUUACCAAAAAAUCUAAUGAAUUCUAUUCGAAAUUUAAAUUAUGCAAAACCAACACCAAUUUAGAUGUAGACAAUACCAAUAGGUUUAGAAAGGAAAGAUAUGAUUGGUAUUGCACCUACAGGUAGUGGUAAAUCAGCUGCAUUUUUAAUUCCAUUAAUAACAUACCUCUCAACAUUACCAAAAUAAGAUGAUAAAAUAUGUAAGGAUGGACCUUAUGCAUUAAUAAUGGCUCCAGCAAGAGAAUUGGCUAUUUAAAUUGAAGCUGAAUUCUAAAAGUUAUCCUAAGGAUAUAAUUUGAGAUCAUUUGUAAUAGUAGGAGGAAGAAAAGAAGAAGAGUAGGAAUUUCAUUUAAAAAAAGGAAUUGAAAUUUUGAUUGGAACACCAGGUAGAAUUAAAGAUCUUUUAAUGAAAAAAUAUUUAGUUUUAGAAUAAUGUUCAUGGAUUGUUUUAGAUGAAGCAGAUAAAAUGAUUGAUUUAGGAUUCGAAUAAGAUGUUAAUUAUAUUUUAGAUUCAAUUACUACUUAAAUGAAAUCUGAAGAUGAAAUUGCAGCUGAAUUAGAAGAAAAAUUAGCUUAGGCUGGAGAAAAGUAAUAUAGAGUUACACAUUUAUUUUCUGCUACUAUGCCUCCUUAAGUUGAAAAGUUAGCUAAAAGAUAUCUUAGAGCAUUUUGUUUUAUUAGUAUUGGAGAACCAGGAGGAGGUAAAAAGGAUAUUGAAUAAAAAAUAGAAAUGAUUAAUGAAGCAGCUAAAAAGUAAUUAAUAUUAUUAAUUUUAGAAAUCGAUUGUUAUAAAUGUUAGCAGCCAAUAAACCACCAAUAAUAAUAUUUGCAAAUUAAAAGAAGAGUGUUGAAUUAUUAAGUAAGACACUUGAGAAAUAUGGAGUAAUAAUAUAUCUUAAAUAUUUUUAAGUAUAAUUCAGUAGUAUAUCAUGGAAGCAAGACCUAAUAAUAAAGAGAAGCUGCAGUUGAAGGAUUUAAGUCAAAAAAAAUUGAUAUUCUUAUAGCAACAGAUUUGGCUUCUAGAGGAUUGCAUGUUGAAGGAGUUUAAAUGGUUAUCAAUUUUGAUGCUCCAAAAAAUAUUUAAGUAAUAUUAUUUUUUAAAUAUUUUUUUAUUAGGAUUUUAUUCAUAGGACAGGAAGAACUGGUAGAGCAGGAAAAAGAGGUUUAGCUGUGACAUUUCUUACAAAUUCAGAUUAAGAUCUAUUUUAUGAUCUAAAAGAAUAUUUGAUUAAAAGUGGAUAAAAUGUUCCACCUGAGUUGGCUUAACAUACCGCAUCAAAUCAAAAACCUGGUUCUGUACCUGAUAAUGUGCCGAGAAGAAAACAAGUAAUUUUGGCGCAUUGAUAACAUAUGAAAAAUUGAAUCAUAGAUCAAUCACUUUACAA